GGUGCAUGAUUUAACACAUGAUUUCGAGAAUUCCUGGGUUUGGAUUAUACAGUUAUAAGACACUGACACUCGUUUUUGUCCACACAUACGUUCGCUUAUCAACAUAUAACCGUCAAAAUGGUCGCCCUUCGUUGGACUGUAGCCGCAGUUCUUACUGCUACCGCAGUUUCUGCCUCUACGGAUGAGUUGCAGUUUAUUGCUCGCCUGCUCAAGCGUCAGGAGGUUGGCAGUGCCGCUUACAACUGCCACGACAACUGCGGCCAAGCCAUCAUCGAGGGACGAAGCAGCGACGAUGUGUGCAACGACGAAAUCUUCCUGACCGAUUAUAAGGCUUGUCUUCAGUGUUCCGGCCCGGAUAACCAAGACAUUUGGCAGUACUACGGAACCACGCUCACCAAAGACGCCAGCGCGUGCGGUCUAUCCACGACCCCGCUCUCUGGCUCGCAGCCAGAUGUUGGAGCCGCGAUCCCCGCCGGCGGCAGCACUUCGUCGGCCACUUCAACGGCUACCGAGGCCUCGUCAACUGAAACCCCGACGGCCACUAGCUCGGCGACAUCAGAGGCGACCACAGCUGCUACUUCCACCGCCACCUCCGGUGAAACAUCUGCGCAAGGUACCACUGCCUCCGCCACCGUAUCUGCGUCGGUGACGAGCGCUUCGAGUCCCGUGACCACCACCUACACCCCCACGGGCACUGGCAGCGCGAGCGGCAACGGAACCGCGACGACGUCGUCUGGGUUGGUCGUCGUCACCAGCGCCGCCAACGCCAACGCUGGUAGCUCCGUCGGCUUCUAUGGCGCUCUGGCGCUCGGCGCCCUGUAUGCUGCGGCGCAGUAAGGGUUGGGCUCUCCUACGUAGGUGUCCGGACUGCCAGAUGGAUGUACCGGUCACACCGUACGCUGUACACACCUAUGUAAC